CCUGGGGAGUAGGGUAGUGUUGUGUUAUAAAAAUAUUUGUCGCUCUAUUUGUUUAAGUGUCUUAGUGAAAGAAUUUAGUCUAAAAUACCUAGAUUGAUUCAGUGAAAAUAAUGAAUAUAGAGCUCCUUCAAGAGGAGGCGAUGGCCUCUGCCGCUGUAUCCCUAUCAGCUAUGUUACAGCGUCCGGAUCAACUUGAAAAAGUGGAACAAUACAGACAACGAGUAACACGAAAGAAAACAUCUGUUGAAGCAAUGUUAAAGACUGCUGUGCAAAGUCAGCUUGAUGGUGUAAUUAGUGGACUCCAGCAAUUGCAGUCAGCUUUGGUUGACAUCGUUGAUAUUCGUCAAAGAUUACAUGAAAUUGAGGAGUGCGUUGUAGCUAUCCCACCACUCUGUGAUAGCGUGAAAAAUGUUAGAGAAGAACAUGUUAUUUAUUCACAAUAUGCUGUUGCAAUGGAAAAUUUAAAACAUAUUUUUACUGUUCCAGAAAGUGUUGACAAAACUCGACAAUGGAUUUCAGAGGGUAAACUUCUUCAUGCACAUCAGAGCCUUACGGAUCUUGAAAAUUCGCGGGACGAUUUGCUCUACGAACUCCACAGAUUACCGAACCACUCAUUGCAAGACAAACAAAUGCUCAAGGCAUAUUUUUCUGGUGUGCAACAGUUGUCGGAACAGUUGGGGAAGCAGCUGUGGUUACUUUUAGGUAGAUCUUUAAAUACGGUUCGGAAGGAGCCCCAGGUGAUUGUAACAGCCGUUCGGAUUAUUGAACGUGAGGAACGUGCGGACGCCUAUGCGAUUCAACGUCAGAAACAAAGCGGAUUCUUACCGCCUGGUAGACCAAAAAAAUGGAAAGAACGCGCUUUGGAAGUUCUGAGCGAUGCGGUAAUUGAACGAAUAGAGGGUAAUCAAUUCGAAGAAAGAGCUGACAACAAAAUGUGGCUAGUACGCCACUUGGAAGUGACGCGUUUAUUGAUCAUCGAAGACUUACGUGUCGUGAAAACUCUUUGUGCCCCUUGUUUCCCUCCUCAUUGGGAUAUCGUAAAUCAGUUUUUCCAAAAGUAUCACUCAAGCUUAUCCAAGCACCUUGAGGAAGUCAUAGCUGCUGGACUUGUUGCCAAUGAGUUUGUCACACUUUUGUCUUGGGUGCUUCAAACGUACCCAGGUUCUGAGUUACUGCGACAUGCAGAUAUUAACAUCGAUCCUAGUUCACUGGGCCCACUUUUAAACGAUGAUACAAUCGAAAAACUUUUUCAGGCUUAUAUAAGUAAUAUGGCUUCCAAUUACAAUGAUUGGAUGCAAAAAACUGUUGAUGCAGAGGCCAGGGAUUGGAGGCGACCCAUAGUUCCUGAAUCAGACGGCGACGGUCAUUAUCACACGGAGUCUAUCGUCAUAAUCUUUCAAAUGGUAGAACAAAACCUUAGCGUGUCGCGCACCAUUAGUGACGGACUAAUGACGCGAGCAUUAAUUUUGGGAUUGGAGCAAAUCACACAAUACGGAGAAAUGUACAGAGAAGCGAUAAAUCUUUUCAAGAACAAACAUUUUGAAGAUAGAAGCCAAGUGCCUUAUUUUACACACUACAUGAUUGCGAUAAUCAACAAUUGUUUGCAUGCGAUGGAACUGGCCCAGGAAAUGAAAACUAGAUAUGGAAGUAGGUGUGAUCAGAGCGGGUCCUCGGCAGUUUUGAAUAAAUUUGAAAAUCUAGCAGUAACUUACGAGGGUCUUAGGAACGAGGCUGCUGGUAUUCUUCUGGAUGAAGCUUUUCUUGAUCUUGAACCGCACUUCCAGGAUUUGCUGACUCGCAAAUGGGUCGUGUCCACCGUUCCAGUUGAUACAAUCUGUGCAACUUUGGAAGACUACUUUCAAGACUAUAUGCAUCUGAAGCCACGAAAUUUCGAAUACGUCAUCCGACAAGCUGAAAUCUGCAUCACACGUAAAUACAUAACUUCUAUUUUUCAAAAGAAGCUAUCGCUGAAAGAAGAACGGCGAGAAGUGGCAGAAAAAAUCAUUCAGGAAGCCGGGCAAAUUGAAGCUCUUUUAGCUCCUGCCUUACUUAAUCGUAAUUCUCCAUCGGAUGCCUCUAAAGCCACUGAAGAUGCGUCAAAGGCAAUAUCUGCUCUAGCGGAAGUGAUCAAAUGUGAUUCUGAGAUCAUAACGCUAGAGCUCAUUAACUUUAUUAAAAAAUAUCCUGAUGUUUCCCAAGACCAACUGACAUACCUACUGAGUCUAAGAGGAGACUUUGGAAGACUAGAAGCGCGUCAGAGGGUGACAGACUUGUUGUCAAGUAGUUCAAAGGGCGAGGUCGCUAGGAGUACGAUAUUUUCUCUAAUUAUUGUUCCAAGUUCAAUAUUUUCAUAAACGUUACUUUAUUUGUCUUCAAAUCCCAAUACAAUGGACUCGUCCAUUAUACUAUUAUUCGAAAUAAUAAAAAUCUGGUUUACUCGAA